CCCAUCUGAAGGGGUAUUUCCUGAAAAAAGUUCUACAGGGCAGAGAAGUCAAACACUUAUUCACAUGCAGCAGUACAGGAUAGAUGGAGUACAGCUGACUCCACAGCUACAGGGGAUUUGGUUUUGCAAUGGAACGAAAAUGGUUACUGCUCCUCCUGACGAGUCAGGUGCUUUCAGUGGCUGCACAAUUCAAUGGAUACAACUGUGAUGCCAACCUGCAUAGCAGGUUUCCUGCAGAACGAGAUAUCAGCGUCUACUGCGGAGUACAGGCAAUUACUAUGAAGAUUAAUUUUUGCACAGUUCUUUUUUCUGGUUAUUCUGAAACGGAUUUAGCCCUAAAUGGGAGGCAUGGGGAUGCUCAUUGCAAGGGGUUUAUAAAUAACAAUACCUUUCCAGCAGUGGUGAUCUUCAUCAUCAAUCUCAGCACUCUGGAAUCCUGUGGCAGCACUUUAGUGGUAUCCUCUGUUCCAGGCAUCAAUGCCUAUGGGAAUGUAUCUGUGGUACAGAUAGGUAAUAUUUCAGGCUAUAUAGAUACUCCAGAUCCACCAACCAUCAUCAGCUACUUACCAGGACUUCUGUACAAAUUUAGUUGUAGCUACCCAUUGGAAUACUUGGUCAACAAUACACAGUUGGCUUCGUCAUCAGCUGCUAUUUCUGUAAGAGAAAACAAUGGGACAUUUAUCAGCACUCUGAGUUUAUUGCUUUACAAUGACUCAACCUACAGCCAGCUGCUGGUUAUCCCCAGUAUAGGUUUACCUCUGAAAACAAAAAUAUAUGCAGCUGUGAGAGCAACCAACCUUGAUGGCAGAUGGAAUGUUUUGAUGGACUAUUGUUACACCACUCCAUCUGGUAAUCCCAAUGAUGAGCUCCGAUACGAUCUCUUCCUUAGCUGCGACAAGGACCCACAGACCACUGUAAUUGAGAAUGGCAAGAGCCAGAUGGGCCGGUUUUCCUUUGAGGUGUUCCGCUUUGUGAAGCAUAAGAACCAGAAGAUGUCUACAGUCUUCCUCCAUUGUGUGACAAAGCUGUGCAGAACAGAUGACUGCCCCUUUCUUGCACCUAUUUGCAGUAACAGAGAAAGAAGAGCUGCUGUUAGGAGAACAACCUGGAAUGCUCAGAGCACCUCUGGAAAUGCUGUAAUCUCCGCUGGCCCCAUCAUUACAAGGAGCGAUGAGACACCAACCAACAAUUCACAGCUUGCUCAUCCAAAUGGACCUCCUUUUCAGCUGAACUCAGUCACCAGCGCAUUGAUUUCAGGAAUAGUCAUUCUAGGAACUAUGAGUGUUUUCUUCUUUGCAUGUUCCCUCACCCUUCUGCGCAGGAAAUGGUCUAGCAGCUCAGUUUUGGGUGGCAUACAAAACCUAGCUUUCAAUUAAAAGGAAAAUUAAUUUGCACUUGUUUUGGGGGCGGAGGAUUGCCUUCAUUGUCCAUGAGAUGUUCUUACGUUAUAAAUUUACCAAGGCAAACUUCAUCUUCUCUUAUUUGUAGUGUUGUAGUUUUAUCGUAUAGGUAAACAGUCAUAAUGACAGUGAAAAUCCUGGCUACUUAUAUCAAUGUGUUUGUGAUCAGACUAGCAUUUUGCCCAUGGGUGUACUGGUGAUAAAAUAACUGCCGGACUUCCAACUUGGGUCUUAAACUUGGGUCUUACAGUAAAAUAUCUCUAAAUAUAUUACUGUGUCAGAGCUGGCCAACUGGACACAUUCAUAUUUAAUCAACAUCUUUGAUAAAGACUGCUUCUACUUUUAUCUUCUUUCUGUAUUUUUCCCAAUUUAUUGUGUGAGCUUUUUGAACAAGUUAUUGUAGCUUGGAACAUACAUUUUUAUUUUCAAUUUGAACUAAAAAUAACUACAAAAAGAAUAAAAAUGAGUGGGCCGUGAUUCCCAUUCAUCUAUAAACGGGAUCAUAUGACAUUGUAGGCAGAAUUCUGCCGCGUCUUGUAGUUACAUUGAAUUCAGUGGGACUGCAUACAGUGCAAGUCAAGGCAAAACUACGUAUGGUAUCUAUCCAUCAAACUGUGUAGUACUAAAAAUUCAAAGUCAUUCCCAGGGCACAGUUUACUCAGACAAAAAAACUCUCACGGUGAAGUCUUUCAGUGAUAACUUUUAAUGGGCACUUGCCCGCAUCAUCAUUUUUUACUAAGCCUUACUUAGAUGCAAUCAGCACUGCUAUUACCUUGAGUUCAACUCUUCUCUCUUGGCCAUGCUAGGGUGGAAUGAACUUCUUCCUUUAUUUUUAAAGAAAAACACCCCCUCCCAUAGAGCAACACCAAAAACUCUCCCAAAACAAAACAACAAAACUCACCACUGCUUUUCCAGGCAAAUGGAUGUUUUAGGGCCAAAUUCUGCAGUUUGAGCAAAAGCCCCACUGAAGUAGUAAUUUGAAAGGUCUGAUUCUGUCACAUCAGUUUGAAAACAUAAGGUGAUCCUUUCACCCAGAGCUAUCCACAGUGUGAUGCUUCCCUUCCCCCCCAUGAACUAGACUUCCUUUCCUUUUUGGGGAAAAAUCUUACAAGAACAGGCCAAGUGCCUUACCAGAAUCACAGCUCCAGCUAAUCUGAUAAACCUCAGACCAUCUGAAUUAAGUGUGAAUCAUCAUGUGUCUCUUUCAAUAGUGAUAGAAAUGCAGCCGUGUUAGUCUGGUGUAGCUGAAACAAAAUGCAGGACA